UUGCAAACUAAAACGCCAUUCAAGUCUCACCAAACAACUCGCCAACUAAACAAGAACCUCUUUUAUGACAAAACACUCAAGGUCAAUGACUACUAUUUAAUCUCUUGUCUCUUCAUUUUACCUGUUUUUCUUCUUUCACAAACGUCUCUCUCCUUGUUUUGACUCUGUCUCCACUCUGUCCUUUCAUUUGGGUCUGCUAGUUAACUUGAAUUCAUUAACUUUCUCAACAAAUUCUGCUUCCCCAUCUGGCAGCAAAUAAUUUGAGGAGUUAUCUGAUGAAAAUCAACAAAGUUGAAUCUCUCUAGCAAAUAUUAAUCUCCCUGUUGAAUAAAUAAGCAUAAGAUGAAGUGCUUUCACUACUUCAAGGAGAAGAAAUUCAGAAUCAGGGAAGAAAGAUCAGCUCCAGAGUUGAAAGAAUCAAGAAGAUCUUAUGAUUAUUCGGGUGGUGAUCGUGUGGUUAAGUCUUCAUGCUCAGCAGCUUCUCCUCGUGGUAUACCAGAGUUGUAUGAAGAGAAAGCUCAUAAUCUCCGAGUAUUUUCUUUCUCCGAGCUCAAGCAAGCCACAAAUGAUUUCAGUAGGCUGCUUAAGAUUGGUGAGGGUGGAUUUGGGAUUGUCUAUAAAGGUUCAAUCAAGCCUGCUGAUGGGAAAGGUGACUCCACCGUAGUGGCCAUUAAAAAGCUUAACAGGGAUGGAUUACAGGGUCAUAAACAGUGGGUGGCCGAAGUUCAAUUUCUUGGUGUUGUGGAACACCCGAAUCUUGUCAAACUCAUAGGAUACUGUGCUGUUGAUGGAGAAAGAGGAAUCCAGCGUCUACUUGUGUACGAGUUUAUGCCAAAUAGGAGCUUAGAAGACCAUCUUUUUAGCAGGGCAUUCCCGCCUCUUCCUUGGAAAACAAGAUUGCAAAUAAUACUCGGGGCAGCUGAAGGAUUGGCUUAUCUGCAUGAAGGAUUGGAAGUUCAGGUGAUAUUUCGAGAUUUCAAAUCUUCCAACGUGUUACUGGAUGAGAAUUUUAAACCCAGGCUUUCAGACUUUGGGCUUGCAAGGGUAGGGCCAUUGGCUGGGCGUACACAUGUUUCAACAGCAGUGGUGGGGACAUACGGAUACGCAGCUCCAGAUUACAUAGAGACAGGGCAUCUGACAGCAAAAAGUGAUGUAUGGAGUUUUGGAGUGGUAUUGUACGAGAUUCUUACGGGGAGGAGGUCUCUGGAAAGAAACCGCCCAAAAUCGGAGCAGAAGCUUUUGGAGUGGGUGAAGCAGUAUCCUGUUGAUAGUAAAAAGUUUGGGUUAAUGAUGGACCAACGACUUGAAAAUGAGUACUCUAUCAAUGAAGCUCGCAAAAUUGCCAAAUUAGCAGACAGUUGUUUGUCAAAGAGUGCAAAAGAUCGUCCCAAGAUGAGUCAGGUGGUGGAGAGGUUGAAGCAAGUAGUGCAAAUUUCAGAAGAAGUUGACUCUUCUCCUUCUCAUAAGAAUUUGGAGCUGAGUGAAGACGACCCAGUAACAGAAAAUAAGACCACUCAAUCUGAACCUUCUGAAUCAUGGAAAAGACGGAUGGCUCACCUAGCUAAACUGAGUGAACAUGUAGACGGAGCAAGUAGAAGAAGAUUGAUGAUCAUGCAGAGGGCCAAAGUGCUUUGAAACUCUAUCUAAUGCAAAUUUGAGAGUGAAAUGAACUGAUUUUCCUAUGCUGAACAUGGAAAUUUCA